AACGCGAACGACGAGACAGCCAUAAUGACAGCCGUCAUUACGCUUCGGUUAAACAUGGAGAAGAAGACACACGAGUGCAGUUUGUGCAACAAGACUUUCACUGAGAAGUCUAACCUGACCAGGCAUAUGAAGCUUCAUGCUCCAAAGGAAAUUGAGUGUGAUGUGUGUGGUAAAAGCUUCACCUUCAAACAACAGCUGGACUCCCACCUGAAGCAGCAUCUGUACCCACACAUUCCUCUGUAUAGACAGGGAGAGGCCAGGCUGCUGUGUUCAGAUGCAGCUAAGAUUGUGGCAAAGGCCCCCAGCAAAGCAGUAGACCCUGGAUGGCUGGAUCCCGAAAAGGCAGAGGUGGCUGCCAAGAAAUCUGGAGGGGAAAUGUGGAAAGGGCAGUUCGUCAUCACAUUCGGCAAGUAUGCUGGACAGUCAUUCAGAUGGCUGCUUGAAAACGAUGUCGGCUGGGUGGUAUGGUUGCUCUCUGAAUAUUGCCAGAAGGGUGAGAAGAAUGAGCUUCUUAAAUGGCAAAAGGAGCGAAUGCUGGAGUUUGUUCGAGGGUUCCCUUCUGUCACAUGUCAUCUUGACAAGAGGCUGGAGAAACAGGAAUCAACAAAACAAAAGGUGGCUGAAUCUUCUGUUUCCGAGUUACAGCAGGAACCUGGCUAUGCGAGUGAUGCUGAACUGUUGGCUGCUGCUGAACAAGUCCUUGACGAGUCUGAGGUGCCGGUCUCUACACAGCUUACCACCUGGGGAGAGCUUGCUCCAGCUGUGACUCAGGACUCUUCCAACAGGCCCAGCACAUCUCAGGGAUGGCCCUCAUCCACAGCAGAGAGCUCUGCUUCAGAAUCCAGUGGCAUCGUGCUGGAGGGUUGGCAGAAAUACUGGGAGCAGCCACUUGCAUCUGCCCAAGCCCUUGGUAUAGCCCCUCCUAACAUCAGGUGGCUAAAAUACGAUGAGAGGUAUGGUCUCUUUGAUGGCUCAUCUAAGUAUAAAAACAUAAAGGGUGAGAUAGUGGAGAGGAAGCUCUUAAAGGAGAAGAUGGAGUUCCACCCGCCUCCUCCUCCUGUAUCUGUCAAGGGAGCAGUACCCAACAUGAUGGCCUUUUUUACCACCCCUGCCUUCUUCUGGCGGCCAGUUGGUGUGAUGAAAGCCAAGAUCUGCUGCCCCAACACCAACUGCCCUGCACCGCCAGGGGAAUACCUGGAGAAGAAAGGCUUUGGCAGUUACGCUAGGCAAGUGUGUGGGAUGAUGUAUAAUUACACCCUGUUGACAGAGAAACUAAAAUGUUCUCACUGUGAAAAGAUGAGGCAGGCAGUGAGCAAGACGCACGGUGAUGCAGACUGUGACGAGGAGGAGGAGGAGGAGAAUUCACAUCACAUGCAACAGUACAUGUGGUUGGCACACAGUCCCAAGAUUCUGAUGAACCUUGCCCCAGCCAUCAGAAGCAUGUUUCCUGCCAUUCUGUGUGGGAAGCGUGCUAUUGACAGAGGUGUCGUCACCCUGCUGAGUGACCGGCUCAAUGCUGUGUCCAUGAGUAAGGUACAGAGACUGCUGCAGCAGGGCCAUGAUGAGUGGUAUGUCCAGCGGCGUGACCUUUACCAGACUCUCCUGUACGAGGCCCACACAGCUGGAUCUUCAUCGUCUCAGAGUGGCAUCCUGUCUUUUGUGAAAGCCCCUGGUACAUACACCCCUCCCCUCCCCCAGUCUCCCCUUCCAUUUGCCCGUGUGCUGAGGCGUGCACACAUGAUCAUGGAAAUGGAAAGGAUGCCUGUGUACCGAGCUGCCAUCCUCAGUGUGACUGGAGAAAUCCUCUGCAUUGAUGGUACCAAAAAGGUCCUUAAGAAGAUAUAUGGUGAUGGCCAGGGCACCAUGCAGUAUGUCACCAGUGUUCUGAAUGAAUGGGGCCAGUUCUUGACGACGGUGGUGGUGGCAGCUGAGUCUGAGGGGUGCUACAGGCGUAUGGCGAGCGGUCUGAUUGCCCGGUUCCAACGUGCAAACGCUCCUGCACCAAAGGUCAUAUAUGCAGACAACAACUGUUGUCGUGACAGUGGCUCAUCCUUCCUGGAGACUCUGUUCAGUGACUGGGUGCAGAAGGGUACCGUGGUCAGACUGGACAUCCGACACUGGCUGCACCGCUGGGAUACUGUUGUGAUCAAGCAGAGCCAUGCCAAGUAUGGGGGGUUCAUGAGUGCCUUAGCAGGUGCACUGCUGGCCUACAACAAGGACGACAUGAUGCUCUUAGUCCAGGCUGUCAGGAGUGGCAACAAAGAAUUGUACGCCUCAUAUUCUGACGAGGAAAUGAUAGCCUUCCUCAAGCCUCACCAGAUCAGGUCUUACGUCAGGCGCAUUACCCGUGGUGUUGACGAGACAGCUUCAGUGAUUGAGUCCAUCAUUGCCGAGUUCAAGGGACCAGCAGGCCUUGAUAUUGAUGGCAUCCACCUGUUCAAGUCAACAGAGGCAGUUGAUGCUCACUGGGCAAUUUCAAGCAAGCAUCUUAGUUGUAUGCAGGAUCCCCCUGGCAUACAGCUGUACGUCAUUGUGAAGGUGGUGGUGCUGCAUGGUGUUCAGCUGAACAAGUACAGGUGCCGACGAGGCAGUAACUCCUUGGAGGGGUUGCACGCACACCUGUACAAUGCCAUUCCUUCCCAUAGAUGUGGUGUUAUGCAAUUCCAAGUAUAUCUGGUUGCGUUUGCUGUGCAGUGGAACAGUCGGAUGGAGUCACUCCGGGUUGCUGGUGGUCAGGGUCGGCAGACAUCAUGCAUGGACGCGCGGCAGAUCCAGCGCAUGAAUCGGCAGGCUGAGGUGCUCUUCGGUAAAGAUCAUGUCCUGGAGCCCAACUUUGCUGCUCCUAUGCCCUACCCUGAUCAAUACAGGGCCCCGGAAGAGGAGGAGCUCCUUGGUGUUGAGUAUGCCAUGUGCCAGUCAACAAGCUACUCUGCGAGGCAUUACUAUGCUCAGAGAGUUGAGGAAGAGCAGGCUUGUGACGAAGAGGAGCCGGCUGAGCAAAGCGAGGAGGAGAUGGCAGAUGAGGGUAUUGACAUGCCUGCAGAGGAUGAUCCCAUUGAUGUCAUCUGUAGGAAACAUGCUAUCCCAACACAAGCAGAACAGGUGGAGGAGGAGGAUAGCCCUGCUCUGCAGGAUGUGCUGAUGACCCGGAGACAUCUGCAUCUGCCAGGAAUAGAGGAAGUGGAGGCGUUAGCCUUGCUGAUGCUUGAACUGGCAGACAACAGUCACCUCCACCUUGUGCCAGCCGACCUCAGGCAGAAGAUCAUCACUGCUGCCAGUUCUCUUCAGGAGCAUGACAAGACUGCUGUCAACUUUGUGAAGAGGUACGAGUCCAGGUGGGGCUACACCCUGUUUGGCCGGUGUCUUGGGGCUGACACACCCGAGACCAGAGCAGCCCAGAAGACAAAGUUUGGGUGGAUGAGGUACCCCCAGGCAGCACAGGUGACAGAGGAUAGUCGUCUGCUGUACCUCGUUAUCAAAAUGCUGAAAAAUCAGCCUCCAACCAGUCACCUCUCUUCCCCUAGUAAAAUAACAACCUCCAUAAAGGGACAGUACAAAAGGAUUGUUGACAGAGUUAGAGACGACCCCAUCCUCUGCACUCUCUCCAUUCCUCUGCCCAAUCUAAAUGCCAAAUCCAUCUCUAAUUUCAUCUCGAGAGAAGAGAAGAAGGCCAACUACAGGGCUACAGUAACACCGACGUCAAAGCCUCACCGUACAGUGCUCUCACACGAGCAAAUGCCAGCAGCUCCAACUCUGCCAACAUCCCUACCACCACCAGCUCGACCUCAGGUGCAGUACCAGGACGUUCAUCACGUUGCUGGUAAAAGGCGUGGUGAGAAGCGGAGGUUAUAUGGUGAAGAACCGGAGCUGGUGAACCGGCCCAUUCAGCCUAAGCCUGCUGCGGCCACACACAUAGCGCCCAGAUUGUCGGCAGCACCUGUGCUCCUGGUGGUUCCUGCACAACCACAGGCUCCCUCCAUGGUACUUCACAGGCCAUCAUGCAGCUUCAUACCUGUAGCACCGCCCCCUGCACCGCCAUCCAAACCGAGCAUGCCUCAUAAAUCUUCGAAGCCAUGUGGGGCCUGCCAAGUACCUCAAUGUGGUGGGCAGCGUAAGAGGUACACACCCUCCAAGGACAAAGCUGCUGGAAGCAGCCAGAAAAUGUUCACCUACUGCCCGGCAACUAGGAAAUCAACCACUUCUGGUUUUGAUGGGGUUGUUUAUGACAGUUUUGAACAUUUCAAAAAUGUGGUUGAUGAGGAAUUAGCAAAGAGGAAAGGCAAUUAGGAAGGCAGCAUCUGUGAGCAGAUUCAGAUCCUCCCUCAUGCCCAACAUUUACUGUUCCAGCACUGUAAAUUGUAAUUGUAAUAAUAAUGUAAUAUAAUGUAAUAUAAUAUAAUAUAAUGUGUAAUAUUUUCCUGCACUAUUGCAUUUUUGUUUGAUGAGAAUAAUAUGUUGUUUUGUUUACAUUGUGAGCUGCACCUUGGUUUGUUCGAUGUUCGAUGAGAAUAAUAUGUUUUGUUUACAUUGUGGACUGCACAGUGUUUUGUUCGAUGUUCGAUGAGAAUAAUAUGUGUUGUUUACAUUGUGGACUGCACAGUGUUUUGUUCGAUGUUCGAUGAGAAUAAUAUGUUUUGUUUACAUUGUGGACUGCACAGUGGUUUGUUCGAUGUUCGAUGAGAAUAAUAUGUUGGGUUUUUUUACAUUGUGGACUGCACAGUAGUUUGUUCUAUGUUCGAUGAGAAUAAUAUGUUGUUUUGUUUACAUUGUGGGCUGCACGGUGCCUCACAGCUAGAAGGUUCCUGGUUCGUAGUCCCUGGCCAGGCUGGUACCUUUCUGUGUGGAGUUUGCAUGUUCUCCCCGUGCAUGCUUGGGUUCUCUCUGGGUACUCCGGCUUCCUCCAACAGUUCAAAAACGUGCUUACCAGAUUAAUUGGUCACUCUAAAUUGCCUGUAGGUGUGAGUGUGUGCAUGAAUGGUUGUCUGUCUCUCUGUGUUAGCCCUGUGAUAGGUUGGUGACCUGUCC